AUGGAUAAAUAAUAUAUCAAUUACCAAUAAGAAUUAGAUAAGCUCAAUAAGUUUUAUCAGAACGAGCAUGAGCAUGCUGACAAAAUUUCAUAUUAUCUUCAUAAAAAAAUAGAAGCCAUUAAAAUGCAACUUCAAAGAAGAAGCCCUAACCAGGGAUCUCCUAACUCUUCAUCUAGUGAGCACGAGCAUGAUUAUUAAUUUGAAAAAUAUGAUAACUAAAAAUAAAAAAGCUAUACUAAAAAGCAAACUUAUGAAUUUUAUGAUAAUACGUUUGUUUAAUCUGCUAAAAAUUCAAUGAGGAAUGUCUCAUUUAAGGAUGAUUAAGAAUUUAAUUGA